AUGGGUGAUCUUGUACGUAAUGCGUUGCGCACUACGGGUAUUGAUGAGGAAGUGGAACAACUAAUCGCAAAUGCUAUAAUUCAAAGUUGGAAUGAAAAUUGUUUAAAAAGCGUAAACAGUCGGCCAGCAACAGAACGGAAGCUAAGAGAGAAAGCUAAUGAACCAAAUCUAGCCAAAGUUCGAAUCAUAGCCGAGUAUUUGUGGAAUCGCUUGAAACAAAUUUAUAACGUCAAGUUAGAAACUUGGAAACGAAAUGAAGAAAAAACGAUAGAAGAAAUGAUGACUAGGCUUCGACAUGAAUAUAGAGAAAAUCUUUUGUUAAAACAGAAACAACUGGAAGAAUUGGCGGAGCGUAAAGACGAUGAAUAUAAAAAUAAGGAAGAUUUUUUACGAGAGGAUAUUCGCAUGACUUUCGAGAACAAAAAACUGGAAUGUGAAAGAGCUUGGCGAGAGAUCGAAAUAGCACAGAAAGAGUUACGAUUUCAGAAAGAAUUGUUGGAUAAUGCUCGAGCGAACUUUCAGUUGAAGAAAGACAACGAGCUGUGUCUCAUAGAGCAAGAAAGAUGUUCACUGGAGCAGAUUAAAGAUGGUCUGAAAAUCCGUGAAAAAAGCCUUGACCAAGGGUUGCAGGAGGCGAUUAAGAAAGCACGCGAAAAAGACAGGGCUGAAAUAGCACAAAUGAUUUUUGAAUGGAAUGAAAAAGAAGCAGUAUUGUCAAAGAAAUAUGGAAUAAUUUGGGAUAAAAUAUGUGAAAUUUCCAGUGGACAGCAAUUUUCUGCCGAGGAAACAGAACGUUUAAACAGUUUACAGGAAAAAGUGAUUCAACAACAGAAGAAGCUCGCAGAAACUAAACAAGCUUUAUGUGAUACGUUACAUAAACAACGAAAGACCAAUGAAGAUUUGGAACGCAUAAAAAAGGAGAGGGAGAAACUAUUUGAAACGAAUCAGAAGUUGAUGGGAAAAUUGGAGAGACGAAAUGCAACAAUUAGCAGUUUAAAGAAGCAAUUAAAAUUGCUAGAAGAAUCGGCUGCCUUACGUAUCAAUGAAUUGAAAUUCCAGCACAAAUUGGCCAUAGACAAACUGCAAGCACUGAGCAUGGAAUUACACAGGUACCACUUCAAUGCACUCGAGAAAUUUAAGCGACCAAAUUCUCAUCCUACCACACCAGUAACAGCAAGGAUGACAAUAACCGACUCCAUGUCUUCAUCAACUCUUACGGAGUCAUCAUUCGAGCAGAAUUUCCGUGAUAGAAUGAAAGUUUUGAAUUUUACAAAACAGAAACUGGAUUUUGCGCUAGAGAAAUUACGUGAAAGAAGCCACUCUCAGUCUUUGGAUUACAUUCACUCUAUACCUUUAUCACAUGCUGAAACUAAUGAGUUUGAAAAACCAGCGUCCAGGAAUUCACCAAACCAUGAAGUUGAGCAAUUUCCAAGGGAUCCCUCGAUCAUCAAGACCAAUUCCACCCAUGGAAAAAUGACGGGAAUAGAAAGUGCCACGCAUCCAAGUCCGAAGAAUGUUGAAAAGAAUGCGGAGGUGGCCGUGACAAGUAAUUCAUCGGGAAAACAUACAAUUGAUCCACUCAUGGCUCAGUAUAUGAAAAUGAUUCAUGAUCAAAGAGAAAAAGUGGAGCCACUUCUUGAACGGACACUAAAGACGGAAGAUGCCGAAAUACCGGAAGAGUCGUUUGUUAUUGAAGCAGGUGAAAGACCGGAUACGCCCAACACACCUAGUGAUUUCGACUGGUAA